UUGAAUGGACAAAUGGAUGGAUGGGAUGUCACGACCGGGCCGUGCUGCUCUACGAGUACGUGGGCAAGCGGAUCGUGGACCUGCAGCACACCGAGGUCCCUGACGCCUACCGUGGGCGCGGCAUCGCCAAACACCUUGCCAAGGCCGCCCUGGACUUCGUGGUAGAGGAGGACCUGAAGGCCCAUCUCACUUGCUGGUACAUCCAGAAGUACGUGAAGGAGAACCCCCUGCCACAGUACCUGGAGCGUCUGCAGCCGUAACCCCGGCCCGCGGGCACCUGCCCGGGUGGAGCUCUCAGGAACCGUCCCACCCGGAACAGACUCAGCACUGUUUUUGUAAGGACGCUCACCUGCUCCCUGUCCAGGGCCAUAGUGGCGGCCGGCAGAGGAUGGCAAGUGACCCAGUGACCAUGCAGAGGGGAACUGGCAACCACUGUCCCCGUAGCCCUUUUUCCACGGGGACCAGCUGGCUUUGCAGGAGACCUCCUGCAGGCAGUCGUGGGGACCUGGCACUGGACUGGGCCCUGCCAGGCCGCUCCCUGCUCUGGCAUCAGCAGAAGGGCUGAUUUGGGACCCCACCACCACCUCCUGGGUCUGCAUCUCUUUUGGAAGCAAGAAGGGUGUUCCCUGGAGCCAAGGCAGCAAAACUAAACCUCGUGUGCCAACCUCCAGGCCAGCUGACCUCAC